CGAAGGCAGACUCGGGCCAAGCGGGGACUGAGCUGGUCGGGCCCUCGUGUUGCUCGUGUAGUGGAGUGGAUUAUUCAUUUAAGAAAGAAAGAGGUUAAAAAGAGAGAGUGAAAAAGAAAAGAAAUAUUUAAUACGAUUUAAAUAACAGGCAAGGAAAAAAAACAACAAAGAAAGAGGUUAAAAAGAGAGAGUGAAAAAGAAAAGAAAUAUUUAAUACGAUUUAGAUAACAGGCAAGGAAAAAAAACAAAGAUACAUAAGAAAGAAAGAUAUUAAAAAGAGAGAGGGAGAAAAAGAAAAGAAAUAUUUAAUGCGAUUUAAAUAACAGGCAAGGAAAAAAAACAAAGAAAGAGAUUAAAAAGAGAGAGUGAAAAAGAAAAGAAAUAUUUAAUACGAUUUAAAUAACAGGUAAGGAAAAAAAGCAAAGAUACAUAAGAAAGAAAGAGGUUAAAAAGAGAGAGAGAGAAAAAGAAAAGAAAUAUCUAAUACGAUUUAAGUAACAGAUGUUUCCCCAGUAACAUCCUUGGGCUUUGGAUAUUGUGAAGGAAACUAAACAGGUGGUGCAGUUGCAUUCCGAUGGGGCGCUUGCUCUUGCCGUCGGGAGCAGGAAGAUGCUAUGUGUCCAGAUUCCUCAAGGCCUGUCUGAUGAUCAUUUUGCUGAUGAGCCUUUUCAGCAGCUGGCUCUAUUGGGACGCCUUCGUAACAUCCAGAGAGUCGGCCAAACAGCUCUCCGCACAGCUGCUCAGGGACUUCCCCGGUAAAACCUUCCUCAAGUACUGGGAAGACCAAGGAGGGGGUACUACUGCAGAAGGGAAAGCAGGACCGGAAGCUGAAAUCAUAACAGGACGUCUUGUUGCAAAUUCUCCGCCAGUCUUCCACGACAGGUUGUUCACGCCCUUGCUGGAGACGUUCCGGAAUCCGGAUGGCCUGGAGAGGCGGAGGAAGAGCUUUAGGAAUGGCGACGUCCCUAAAGUGGUGGCCUACAUCGACAAGGCUUUUCUGAAGUCGAAAUGGUACGUAGCCCACAGCAGAGAUAUCCAGGGAGGCCAUUGCCCCUUGCCUUGUACAAUCACGCCGCGUCUGUCUGAGGUGAAGACCGCGGACGCUGUGUUGAUCCACAUGAAGAGCAUUCCAAGCCGCGAGCAGCUCCUCCACGCCCUGCAGCCGCGCGACCCGACUCAGCCCUGGAUCAUGUUCGAGGCCGAGACGCACUUCAUCGCCUCCACCAAGUACAACGUGAACUACCGGACCCUGAACGGCGUCUUCAACCGCAGCAUGUACUACCGCCGUGACGCAGACAUCCUGUUCAACCACGGCUUCAUCGUGAGGCAAGGCGACGACGCCAGCCUCCUGCCGAGGCACUGGGUUCGGGAGGCCCAUGUGGCGAGAGCGAACGUGACGGGGCGAAUCGCAGUGGCCUUCAUCUCCAACUGCAAAGCGCACAGCAAUCGUCUUCUCUACAUCAACGAACUGCAGAAAAACACCACCGUCGACGUGUACGGGAAGUGCGGGAAGCUGAAGUGCGGGAAAUCGCGUUACGCCGAGCACGAGUACCGGGUGGACAAAGACCCGUGUUUGCAAGCCGCGGCCGAGAAAUACCUGUUCUACCUGGCCUUCGAGAACGCCAUUUGCGACGACUAUGCCACGGAGAAGCUGUACAAUAUGAUGUUCUACCCGCUGGUGCCCGUGGUGUUGGGGGGUGCGAACUACGAUGACCUCCUUCCUCCCAACUCGUACAUAGACGCCAGACAAUACACGCCUUUGGAACUUGCCAAGAGAUUGCAGCACCUGGCGGAGCACCCACAGGAAUACCAGACUUACCUGGAGUGGAGGAAGUACUACCAGCCUUCCACUGUGGGCGGUAGUCGUGUCCUGUGCGACCUGUGCAAACGACUCCACGACGAAGCCUUCUACGAGGAGAACACGAUUGAAGAUUUUUACGACUGGUUUGUGACGAAAUCUCACUGCACUACCUGGGGCGCAGCGAACGUCACAGGCCGCGGACUUGCCUAGGAGAGAGCGACAAAGCGGCGUUCCUGUGCAGUCGUUAUGUUGUGUUCAUUAUCACCAACGUUCCCAGGCUCAUUAGAAGUGUAAAGGGGUCACUGCCACCACCCGAUGUGUGUGUGUGUGUGUGUGUGUGUGUGUGUGUGUGUGUGUGUGUGUGUGUAUGUGUAUGUAUGUAUAUGUAUGUGUGUGU